UAUACCCAAGAACUUACUUUCAUUUCUCACAGCUUCUCUGAGAGAGCUCCUUUAUGGGAGAUUAGGCUGUGGCCUUCCUUCACUCAUUUCCAUGGAAUAUCCAUUGGCAUCUGUCCUGUAUUGAUUGAUUGUGGAGGGCAGGGGUUGGAAGAUUUCUGAAGAGAUAACUGAAUUUGCUUGGAUUGGAGACCAAGAGGAACCUCCAAAGUCAAGCCAGUCAGGAGCAGUAGAGCAGCUGGUAUGGCUUUGGCAAUCCUGGUGGAUGUAAAGGAGGAGGUGACCUGCCCCAUCUGCCUGGAGCUCCUAACAGAACCCCAGAGCCUAGAGUGUGGACACAGCUUCUGCCAGUCCUGCCUCAUUGAAAACCAAACCAAAUCCACUGUGGGUCAAGAAGGGGAGAACUGCUGCCCCAUGUGCAGAGUCAGUUACCAGCCUGGGAGCCUGCGGACUAAUCGCCAUCUGGCCAACAUAGCAGAGAGGCUCAGAAAGGCCAACGUGAGCCUGGAGGAGGAGCAGAGAGUACAUCACUGUGCACGCCAUGGAGAGAAACUCCUGCUCUUCUGUAAGGAGGAUGGGAAGGCCAUUUGUUUGCUUUGUGAGCGAUCUCAGGAGCACCGUGGUCACCAGACAUUCCUCAUAGAGGAAGUUGCCCAAGAGUACCAAGAGAAGAUCCAGGCAGCUCUGAAGAAGUUAAUGGAGAAGCAUCAGGAAACUGAGGAGUGGAAAGCUGACAUCCAGGAAGAGAGAACUUCCUGGAAGAAUCAAUUACAAGUUGACAGACAAAAUGUCCAGGCAGAAUUUACAAGACUGAGAGACAUACUGGAUAGUCAGGAGCAGAUGAUGCUGCAGAAGUUGGAGAAAGAAGAGAGAGAUGUUCUGCAAAUCUUGGCAGAAUCUGAAGAUGAGGUGGCCCAGCAGAGUCAGUUAGUGAGUGAUCUCAUCUCAGAUCUGGAGCAUCGUCUGGAGAGUUCAGCAAUGGAGAUGCUGCAGGUAAGACUCCAGAAGAAGCCCUAG